AUGCAAACACGGCAAGAGCCGAGCAAUGGUCUGGUCAACUUUCCCCCGACCACCAGCCAGCUGCCAGUUGAACGCCUCGAACUCUCUCUCUCUCUCUCUCUCUCUCUCUCUCUCUCUCUCUCUCUCUCUCUCUCUCUCUCUCUCUCUCUCUCUCUCUCUCUCUCUCUCAAAAUUGAGUUGUUGUUUUUUUUUGGAGCAGAGGGUGAUACCAGCAAGGACUCCUUUCUACGUGAAUCGUACUUUUAUCAACAUGUACUCAAUAUUGAAUCACGUUAUGAUGUUAUUGAAUAUCCAGCUUUACAGCAAUAUCCUUCUAUAUCUCUUCAAUAA